AUGGAGAGCCCGGUGGCUCAGGAGUAUCUAGCAAUACAGGUAUCUCCUGACCAGCUGAUGUCCUUUGGUGGCUCUGCAGACCCCUGUGCUAUGUGCUUUCUCUACAGCAUCGGCAAGAUAGGGGAGCAAGAGAACAAGGUCUACUCCAAAUUGCUUUGUGACUUGCUGAACAAACAGCUGAAAAUACCAUCUGACAGAAUCUAUGUCAGCUUCUUUGAGAUCAGCGCUGGCAAUGUAGGCUGGAACAACACCACCUUUGCUUGA